GUAGACCAAGAGACUCGACUGAAAGAUUAUAUAACUUCGUUGAACCUACCAUUUCAAUAUAGGUUCAGUGUAGAGUAUUAUAAGUUGAUGAGAUCAAGUGCAUUGGAGGAUGCAAUCCGUCCUCUAAUUGUAAUAGGUGUAGAUCGCACACUCACUACUGAGGAGAGAGCUUUGAUACCAAUGUCAUACGAUGGCGUCAGGAUACAGAUGGAGUACACACAAGUGAUGGACGUGCCAGAGGACGAGCUAAAAGCCCUGAAACAACAGAUGGAGCAACCCGAUGCCAACCCUGAAGACCUAAUAAUGGAUGGCGAU